GUAAAUUAUCGCCUUGGGCGCAAUUUUAUAAUGUGAUCUACCUGUCACACUGUUGAAUAGAUUAAAUGUUUUGUUCAACACUGCUGCAUCGACAUACGAGUUUAAACAUAUUAUAUUUUUACGUUUUUAUGUUAUUAACUAUCUUAAAUGACGUCAUUAAUGAAUACAGCGAUAGAAAACUUGCAUAUUUGAUUUUGAUAGAAAACACAUUGUCUGGGGAUAUGCAACUGUAAGUGGAAGGCGGUACCUUAAAAGAGCUGAACUUUGUAAAGGAAAAUGGACAAUCCAGGAAGAAAUAUCGAUGUAGAAUCUGAAAAGGCUCGCGAAGCGGAAGUAGGAUAUGGCGCUACCGGAAAUGGUUAUAAGUCAUCUGCUGAUUCAAAACUAGCGAUGGCGGAAACCUACAAGAUGACUAAGUUCCAAGUUCUCAAAAAUCUGGUUGUCGUCAGUAUUGCAUUCUUGUUUUUAUUUACGGCGUUCCAGUCUUUGUCUAAUUUGCAAAGUAGUCUGAACAGAGAAGAGGGUAUCGGCACCGUCGGACUGUCGGUAAUAUACGGUGCGCUUGUAAUUUCUUGUAUGUUUUUACCACCGUUUAUUAUCGAUAUUAUCGGAUGCAAGUGGACAGUUGCAUUUUCCAUGUUAUGUUACAUUCUAUACAUGGCGGCAAAUUUCUACGCAACCUGGUGGACAAUUAUUCCAAGUGCGAUAAUUCUUGGCAUCGGCGCAGCACCGCUGUGGUCUGCGAAAUGCACGUAUCUGACGCAGACGGGAACAUGGUAUUCCAAAAUGACCGGAAGAACAGAGGAUGACAUCAUCAAUCGAUUCUUCGGAGUUUUCUUCAUGAUCUUUCAAACAAGUCAAAUAUGGGGCAAUCUAAUUUCAUCCAUGGUGUUUAGUGAGCGUGGCGAUAAUGCGACGACUGAGGUCACAGAAGAAGCCCUCCAAAAGUGUGGCGCCAACAACUGCCCAGCAGACGACAUUGGUAAUAAUACAAAUCUCAAAAAACCGGAACUUAAACAGGUAUACACUGUCUGUGGGAUUUAUAUUGCCAGUGCCUUUGUGGCGUUCCUUAUUGUGGCCUUAUUUCUGGACAAGAUAAAUCUAGACAAACAUGACAACAGGACAGGCAAACGGAAAUUGUCGUUCCAUCUCCUGCUAGAAACCUUCAAGCACAUGUGGCGCAACCCCUACCAGAAACUGCUGAUACCGUUAACAAUUUACAGUGGUAUAGAACAGGCGUUUAUAGCUGGGGAUUUUACCAGGUCGUACAUCAGUUGUUCUAUCGGUAUUUGGAAUGUAGGCUUUGUAAUGAUAUGCUAUGGUGUGGUUGAUGCCGCUUGCUCAUUCACGUUUGGCAGGCUCGUACAAUACGUCGGACAUAUUCCAUUCUUUAUUUUAGCAUUUGCCGUUCAUUUAGCAUGUCAGAUAACUAUGCUGCAUUGGAUUCCGGACCCAGACAAGACGUUUGUGUUCUAUAUUCUAGCUGCAUUGUGGGGUAUUGGUGACGCUGUGAUCCAAACACAAAUAAACGCUUUGUACGGGUUCUUGUUCAGCGACAAUCCGGAAGCGGCAUUUGCUAACUACAGACUAUGGGAGAGCAUCGGUUUCAUAUUUGCUUUCGGUUACAGCAGCUUUAUCUGUACGGAUAUCAAGCUAUACAUCUGCAUCGCCGUGCUUUCUGUUGGCAUGGUAUUGUAUGCUUGUACAGAAAUUCUCCACAGGAAGAAAAAUUGCCAAUCAGUGGACAUCACCAGAUAAGGAGUCCCUUCGGGAAGAAUUUCAAACCCCGUGAUAAAAUCUGAAAGAUCCUAUCUCAAAAAAUGAUAAUGUAUAUAAGCUAAUAAACACUACUUUUAGAUAUUUUCUGAUUCAAACUACAAGGGCCUACUAUAUUUUCCUUCAUGUGAAAAAGUCUGUUUAAUAUGCAAGUAGACAGUUGAAGUAGGCACAGGCAGAUGAAGGGGAAUAUUUUAGUAACGUUCGUAAACUUAACAGCAUAUUCUUACGGGACCAAAUGAGCCACGCCAUGAGAAAACCAACACUUGCAUUUACGACCAGCAUGGAUCCAGACCAGCCUGCGCAUACGCGCAGUCUGGUCAGGAUCCAUGUUGUUUGCUUUCAAAGCUUAUUGCAAUAAGAGAAACCGUUAGCGAACAGCAUGGAUCCUGACCAGACUGCGCGGAUGCGCAGGCUGGUCUGGAUCCAUGUUUCUCGCAAAUGCACUAUGUUGGUUUUCUCAUGGCGCGGCUCAAAUGAACUAAUUACUACGACUAGGUUGAAACGAGACACAAGAUAGUUUAGCAGUUGUUAAGGGAUUAGCUAUUAUAUUUUUAGAAUUUUAUUUAGUUUUAUGAAAAUGUUUUUUUUUUGUAUUUUCAUUAAUUUUCGGAUGGAUGAAAUUUUCUGAUCGAUGCAAAAACCAUACUGGAGUAAUGAUAUUUAAAACUACAAAAAAUCUGGUGCCAUCUUACAUAUCUGAUAUUUUAACAUUUUCCAGCAAUGAAAUUUAUGGCCUUAGAUCAGUUGUACAUAAUGAUAUUUUAAUACCUAAAUGUCGCACGAAUUAUAUGAAAAGAUCAUUUGGCUAUAAUAUUGCUAAAGUAUGGAAUAUCAUUCCACAAAAUAUUCGUUGUGUGGAUUAACUUACUUAUUUCAAAAGCAAAUACAAAAAAAUACUUAUUAGCAUCUAAAUAAGCUACAGCAUUUUUUCUUCUGCAAUUGCUAUUUAUUUAGUUUCUUUUUAAUGGGUGAAUGCAUAUCUGAGUGAUUUUACUUUUUAUGAUUGUAUACAUAUUUUUUUCUAAUUAAAUGGAGUGUUUGUCAAGAGUGAAUGCUGUGUUUAAAUGUUCAUCAUUCUAAUUCUGUCUUAUAUUAUAAUUAGAUAAUCAGUUUUAAUCUGUUUUUGUUGUUGAACUGUUUUUAUCAAUAUUACAGAAGGCCACAUUGAAACUUAAGAUAUUUAAUAUGUUCUAACACUGUUAUAUAUCUAUAUGUGUUACCUUCUUUAAAUAAAGCUAUUAUUAUUAUUAUUUAAGUUACAAUUUUAAGAUUUACAUAUUUAAACAUCUGUAAUACAUUUACCCCUUUUAUCAUAGCGAUAAAAAUCCAUUUCCCGAUGAUGAAAAAACAAAACAAUCAAACACAUUGCAGGUGUCACAUAGCAAAGCUAGUAUGAUGAAAGAGAAAACAACAACAACAAACAAAAUGUAUGUUACCAUCUACGAAAAGUGUAAAUUAGUUAAGAGCAGUGUUCUUUGUUUUUAAAAUUCAAGCCGAUGCUAAGUAAAAACACCCUACAUAUAUUUGUAAAUUGCAAGUUGUUUCCUAAACACAGUUUGAAUCUUCUUUAUGCAUUUUAACUGAAUUUCAUUUAUGAGUUUUCAAACAAAAAAUGAGUUUCAAACAAAAAAUUCAUAUUGAAAUGAAAAGAAGAGCAGCGCGGUUUUCUUCGUUUUCCGUCUGCAGCAGACGACACAAUUUUAUCUUCUGGUUCUUCUAGCGACAAGGUUGAAACGAGACACAGGAUAGUUUAACAGUUGUUAAGGGACUAGCUAUUAUAUUUUUAGAAUUGUAUUUAGUUUUAUGAAAAUGUUUGUUUUUUGUAUUUUCAUUAAUUUUACAUAUUUUGAGCUCACAUGAACUUUGUUCAAGGUGAGCUAUUACUAGUAGUAUAGAAGGAUAGUCCGGCGUCCGGCAUCAAUAUUACACUGAAAAUGGUCUGUAUCAUCCUAAGAUAGACCUCUGUCAAGUUUUUUUCCAUGGUAAAACUUGGCCUCUUAAAGGUUGCCAGAGCUCAAAAUAGGAAAACAUUGAAACGACUUCUCAUGAACUGUAUGUUGGAUGUCUGAAGCAUCAUUAUAAAGUCUUCUACCGGGAACACUCUCUCCAUACUGGCGGCCACUGGGGCUUAAAACAGAAAGCUGUAAACAACUUCUUCUCAUGAACCGCUCGUUGGAUUUUCAUCAUACUUGGUCUGAAACAUCGUGAUAAAGUCUUCUCCCACAUUUUUUCAAGUGGGGACACUCUGUCUUUUUGAUGGUGACUGGAGCAAAAAAAUAGAAAACUUUGAACAACUUCUUCUCAUGACACGCUUGAUGUAUUAUCAUCACACUUGGUCUGUAACACCACUUGGCCACAGGAGCUAUAAGUAGGAAAAACUUUAAACAACCAUUUGAUGGAUCAUCACAUGGUGUCUAGCAUCCUUCCAUUGUCUUCUCAUAAAAUUGCUGAUAUGGUUCUGCUUGGUCCCUAUAAUGGACUACCAAAGCUUAAAAUUGAAACAAAAUUACCUUUUGUAUGAACAACCUGAUAGAUAUUCAGCAUUUUUGGUAUGUAGCAUCAUUGUUAAAUCCUCUCUCAAGCAUAUUCAAAUUAUUCUGGUUGCUUUGCUGCCAAAGCAAAAAAAAAAUAAAAAAUAAAAUUGAAUAACUGUUAACGAAGUGCUGAAUGGAUAUUCACCAAACUUGUCUGAAGGCUGCGGUCUUCCUCAGGUGAGCGACUUAGGCUUAUCUCUGACUCUUGUAAUUGUUUAUUUAACGUUUUCAGAUGACAUAUAGUAUACGUGAUGUAGUACAUAUCUUAUUUGUAAAUUUAUAUUUACCUUACCCGCUACAAGUACUUUUGUAACUGCGUUAAUGGGCGCAUAAUAAAAUUUAUUUUACA